CGUGAAGCAGCAGGGAACAACUUGCCAACCUCUGCCAACGGAUCCGGGAGAUUGAGUCAAGAAACACUCUAGCGAACAACUUAGUAUUGGUAUCGACUUCGCAUGACUCGGUAGUAGAAGAUAAGUCUCAGGUGUAUUUUUUUUGAUUCAUUCAAACCAUGCUAGAAAUGCGUUACAUCGCAGCCUAUCUCCUCCUUCAGUUGGGUGGAAACUCCUCCCCUUCCGCCUCCGAAAUCAAGCAGCUCCUCUCCGUGGUUGGCAUCGAGGCAGAGCACGACCCCUUUCCGGGGUUCAAGGGAAAGAUCUUCAAGAACUCAUUGCUGAGGUCUCCACUAAGUUGAGUUGGGUUGCUUCUGGAGCAGGAGGUGCUGGCGCUGCUUUUGCAGCAAGUAAUGCAAUUAAUGGUACGCAGGAGGAAGGAGAGGUAGAGGUGUUUGAUGAAGAGAUGCCAAUUUGUCUCUUCGAUUAGUACUAAAUUGGGGUUGUACUAUUGGUCGCGAUAAUGAUAUGUUGCUCCUCUAU